AACGCGUGGCCCGCGCCGACCUGGAAGAGUUUCUCGGCCAGCUGCUGCGGGGUGGCCGCCUCGACUCUUUCUUCCUGUAUAUACACGAAGAAAAAGUCGCCCUCCUGCAGGCCAAUCAGCCAAUUACGAACCUAGGUACGGAAUGGCUUUUUGAGGGAGAGCCACGAGGCACACACACAAUGGUUAAGGCUGCGACUUAUGAAGAAAAUGAUGAUAUUAACGAAUUGGAAGACUAUACUGACAAACACUACGAAGAAUGGAAGGCUUAUAUCGAAAAGGUAUUCUCCGUUGAGGAUGAAGAUGAUAUCGACGAACUGGGAGACACCUCCGAUGCAGGAAAUGAAGGAGCAGACGAGGUGACCUCCGAGUUGCGGGAAGCCUCCGAUGCAGGAAAUGAAGUAGCAGACGAGAUGACCUCCGAGUUGCGGGAAGCCUCCGAUGCAGGAAAUGAAGGAGCAGACGAGGUGACCUCCGAGUUGCGGGAAGCCUCCGAUGCAGGGAAUGAAGGAGCAGACGAGGUGACCUCCGAGUUGCGGGAAGCCUCCGAUGCUGGAAAUGAAGGAGCAGACGAGGUGACCUCCGAGUUGCGGGAAGCCUCCGAUGCAGGGAAUGAAGGAGCAGACGAGGUGACCUCCGAGUUGCGGGAAGCCUCCGAUGCAGGGAAUGAAGGAGCAGACGAGGUGACCUCCGAGUUGCGGGAAGCCUCCGAUGCAGGGAAUGAAGGAGCAGACGAGGUGACCUCCGAGUUGCGGGAAGCCUCCGAUGCUGGAAAUGACACAGCAGGCGAACCGACGUCCGCAGACCAAGAAGUUCCCCAUCAAGGCGAGUCCUCUGCACCAGUGGCCGUCUCUGCCACCCCCGCCACUGCCUCUUACGCUUACCGCAGCCUGGCUGUGCCUCAUAGAUUCAUCAGUCGCCUUGCAGGGCCCGAGGACCGCCACCUCGAGGAUCUGCGGCGGAGCUCUGGGGUACAAAUCACGCGGAUUAAGCGAACCCUUCAUGUGAAGGGCCACAGAGACUCAGUUCUGCAGUGCCACAACUUCAUUCGUGCCAAAAUAGCUGAGUGGCAGAGGUGCGAGGCCGCUGAGGCUCAUUAAGCGACCUACAGACUCCUGGGACGGUCCGGUAACAAUGCUCAUGACCUCUGUGAAGGAAAAGGUGCUGGAAACGAGGCGACCUCCGAGUUGCGGGAAGCCUCUGGUGUAUAUAUCUUAUCUUAUUGUUUCUUAUUAUCCAGACGUUAUGUAACUGUUGUACUUGUCGUCCACUGGACUUCCGUUAUUAUUGUAUCAGUAACGGUAAUAAUGAUAACAAAAUUACUACUAUACUACUACUGCUACUACUACUACUACUACUACUACUACGACAUUGAUGACUUCAUAUUUCAUUU